UCAACAUCUGCAGAAUUAUAUAACACAGAGAGCAAGCAGCUUAGAUUACAGUACAAGAAAAUUAAGCUUUGAAGCCCUGAUAUAAUGGCUUCUUCUCUCACAUCUUUCUCUUCCCAAAUUAGUCUCAUCACCACCAUCACUGCCUUCUUCAUCCUCUCCACCUUGUGUUCUGCAUCUCCAACCACUACUAAGUUGCAGCCUCAUCCCUUUAAAAGAAUUUAUGCCUUUGGAGACUCAUUCACCGACACUGGCAACACAAAGUCCAUAAAUGGUCCUAGUGGUUUUGGCCAUGUGUCUAACCCUCCAUAUGGAAGCACCUUCUUUCAUCAUCCCACCAACAGAUAUUCCGAUGGACGGCUUGUGAUUGACUUUGUAGCUCAAUCACUGAAUUUACCAUUCUUGCCACCUUACCUUAAGCAAAAAAAUGCAUCUCAAGGAGUUAACUUUGCUGUUGCGGGAUCCACAGCCAUAAACCAUCAGUUCUUUGUUAAGCACAACCUUACCCUCGAUAUCACUCCUCAAUCUAUUCAAACUCAGCUCCUUUGGUUUAACGAGUUCCUGGAAAGUUUAGGGUGUUCAGCAACAGAAACAGAAUGCAAAGCUGCAGAUUUUGAAGAUUCACUAUUCUGGGUCGGUGAGAUUGGUGUCAAUGAUUAUGCAUACACAGUUGGAUCUUCUAUACCAGAUGACAUGAUCCGAAUGCUUGCAAUCAGUAGCUUUACCGGGUUUUUGCAGGCAUUGCUGGAGAAGGGAGCAAAGUAUGUUGUUGUUCAAGGUCUGCCAAUGUCAGGGUGCUUGCCAUUAGCCAUGUCAUUAGCUCCUGAAACUGACAGAGAUGAAAUAGGUUGUGUAAAAAGUGUGAACAAUCAAAGUUAUAGCCACAAUGCAGUUCUUCAAUCCAAGUUACAAGAUCUCAGGAAGCAGUUUCCUCGUGCUGUCAUAACCUAUGUCGAUUACUGGAACGCUUACCUCACCGUCAUGAAGAAUCCGGCCAAAUAUGGUUUCACGGAGAGAUUCAGAGCCUGCUGUGGAUCAGGAGAGCCUUACAAUUUCAAUGUGUUCGCUACUUGUGGAACCCCUCUUGCCAGUGCCUGCAAAAUCCCUUCUCAGUACAUUAAUUGGGAUGGAGUUCAUCUCACUGAAGCUAUGUAUAAGGUGGUAUCUGAUAUGUUCCUCAAAGGUAGCUUCAGUAAUCCUCCCUUCAGUUACUUGCUGGACAAGAAACAGCGUCAACGAUGAGCUUUAAUUUUCACCAUUGAUGAACCUGCUUGAGGAGUAGUUCCUGAUCUGUGUUUAAUAAAUUAUAUUGAUGUUUAAAGAAAGAACUUCUGCUGACAUCUUAUGAACUACUUAGUUUCCCCAAGUACUGUAUGUGUUAGAGAUUUUGAUGGAUUUAGAAAAUAAUAUUAAAUAUUUAUAUGUAA